AUGAAGGCUCGAAGCUCCAACCCGAGCUCUGAACUGACAAUGAGCACAACACUAGUGCCAUACCACAACAAUACACAUUACACUACGUACCUCUACCCAUCCAAACGACCGCCUGACGUCAGAAAUGCUACCCUCAAACUCGAAGUCAGGGACACAAACACCAGUGGUGACUUUAUGAAGCUAGUCGAAGACUUCAGUGAUUACUUCUAUGGUAACACCUCCCAUGACUUUAGUACCAACGCGAGCCAAUUAGAUUUGGCAGACGUGUACGGUUACACAAACUGUAGUUUUAAUGGCACUUUCAAUAUAUCAUGUUUUAAUAGACAAGUAGAUGAUUCGGAUCAGAAUCUGUGGGCGUUAUUGCUGUUAAUAUUUCCUUUUUUCACGUUGUUUGGGAAUGUGUUAGUGAUUAUGAGUGUAGUGCGGGAGAGGACGCUGCAAACCGUGACUAAUUAUUUUAUAGUGAGUUUGGCUGUUGCUGAUCUACUGGUGGCAGUCGUCGUGAUGCCCUUCGGAGUUUAUUACUUGGUGAGUCUUAGCUUUAGUUAA